AUGUCUGAAAAACUCAUUUCUGAAGAACUCAAGAAAAUAAUCCCUUUUCAUUACGAACUGGACAGGGAUAAACUUGAAAUAACGCGUGUUGAUGGUGUCCCUGUUACUAUUAAAGACUUCGAAGAACUCGCGACAAUACUCCCUUCCUCUUAUAAACUCGACCUAGCUGACAACAAAAUUGUAAUAAUGCCCGUUGGCGCUCGAACUGGACAAAGAGAGGCUAGACUUAUAUAUGAAGUUACUGGCUGGUGUAUGAAUAACCCUAGACUUGUUGGACUAUACGGAAGUAGUCAGACAUGUUAUAACUUGCCUCUACCAAAUCCUACUGUUCGGGGUCCAGAUGCUUCCGUUGUUCUCGCAACAAGAUGGAAUGCAUUAUCGGUUAAUGAUCAAAACGAAGCGUUUCCCUCAGUUGCCCCAAAUUUUGUUGCGGAAAUACGUUCAGAUAACGAUUCUGAGGAUUAUUGUCACCGAAAAAUGAUAGAUUUUAUGAAUGCAGAUGUUGAAGAAGGUAUUUUGAUUGAUCCCCUCAAUCAAACUGUAACAGUAUAUCGAGUUCAACAAGACAAUAUUGUUAUGAACGUGCGAAGAAAUCCUCGUACUUUUACUUCUCGAAUUCUUAACGGAUUCGUUUUAGACUUGCAGG